AUGACCGAAUCAGACAACUCCGCUAGUAUCACGGAUCUGCCGGAAGGCUGCGUGACGGAUAUACUGUCGAUCACAUCACCUCGUGAUGCCUGCAGAGCUGCCUCCAUCUCCAAAGCAUUCAAUUCAGCUGCAAAUUCUGAUGCCUUCUGGGACCGGUUUCUGCCGCCGGAUUAUCGUGAAAUCAUCGCGAGAGCUGUUUCUCCAGUGGUUUUCGAGUCCAAAAAGCAACUCUACAUAUCAUCCUUGAUCAUGGGUUUGAAGCUGGAUAGGGAGAGUGGGAGAAAGCGCUAUAUGUUGGGGGCAAGAGACUUAUCAAUUGCGUGGGGUAACGAUGCUCGUUACUGGGAAUGGGGACAUGUACCCGAAUCAAGGUUUGCCGAGGUAGGUAUACUUAGAAACGUAUGGUGGCUUGAUAUCCAAGGCAGAAUAGCAAGUGCAAUGUUGUCCCCAAAAACAACAUAUGUAGUGUAUCUUGUGUAUCGAAUUACUAGGGACUCGUGGGGCCUUUCAGCGGCUGGAAAAUCAAUAGUUUGCUUUUGCGGGGUAAGAAAUGAGGUACCUAAUGUUUAUCUUGAACAAUCGGCGCAGACGCUGCUGGAGUUUACUCUUGGGCAGGCACAUACUGCGGCAAUGAGGAAAGAUGGAUGGAUGGAGAUUGAAUUGGGCGAAUUCUAUUGUGAUAAUGGGGAUGAAGGUGAAGUUGAGAUGGUGUUUCAGGAGCACCAUCGUAAUAAAGGGGGUCUUAUUGUGGAAGGGAUCGAGCUUCGGCCUAGAUAGUGUUUUUAAUAAAUGGUUGUAAAUAAAAGAAUUGUUAACAAUAUGUGUUUGUAAGUUGUCGACAAUUAUGUUUAAGAUUUAAUUCUAUGUGAUGCUAUGUAUUGAAUUUUUAUUUACAAUGUUAUGGAGAAAAGAAA